UCUCUGUCAACGAGCUCCAGAAGAAGCUGGAGGAGGAGGUGGACCGCAGGAGAGAGAAGUGGGAGGAAGAACAGGGAAGACACAUCUCGGGGGAGGAGGCUCUCAUGGCGUCCACCAGGAAGAACCUCGUCCAUCAAGAAGGGGAGGGGUCGAUGGAGAUGAGGAAGGCGCACCCGAGACACAAACUGGAGCGAGAGGACACUACCAAGUCCAACAGUCCUUCCCUCAGCGGCGGCAACUUCCUAGACGUACCCCGCUCUGACACCCUCAUCAGCGUCUCAGACAAGCGCCCAGAAACUCGGAGACCCUCCAUCCUGCCCGUGCCUGAUAUGUUUACUGGGUCAACUCUGAACAUCUCGGGGCAAGAGAGAGGGAGUGAGGAGGCGUCGGGCGAGAGUGACGACGAGGUGGACGAUGUACCCUGGAGAUCCCCUUCCGAGAUGAUCGCGAUCGUGAAGGGGUUCCCGCCUGUGUCGCCCUACAUCGGCGUCAGUCCAACAUUGUGUUACCUGCUGAAGGAGAAGAAGCCCCUCUGUUGCCUCCAGCUUGCCCAGAAUAGUAUCCGUCCUGUGUGUGAGCACUGCAGUUACCGUAGCGCCAAAGAGUACAACUGGCAGAACCGCGCCGUCAUACUGGCCGCCGACUACGCCAGCAACGGCAUCUAUAACUUCGUCAUCCCUCUUAGAGCACACUUCAGGAAAAAGACAUCGCUCAAUCCUAUUAUCUUGUUACUGGAGAGGCGACCUGACGUGGCCUUCCUCGACGCCAUCUCCUUCUUCCCUCUCAUCUACUGGAUGCUUGGCUCCAUCGACUGCCUGGACGACCUGCUACGGGCGGGCAUCAACCUGGCAGAGAACGUGGUGGUGGUGAACAAGGAGCUCAACAACUCAGCGGAGGAGGACACCCUCUCUGACUGUAACACCAUCGUCGCUGUCCAGACAAUGUUCAAGUUCUUCCCCAACAUCAAGAUCAUCACGGAGUUGUCGCAGUCAUCCAACAUGCGGUUCAUGCAGUUCCGUGCCCGGGACGCGUAUGCCCUCCACCUGUCUAAGAUGGAAAAGGGUAGCCAGACUCAGGUCCCUGGGGGUCGCCCUGCGUCUCGUCGGUCCCGGUCCCGCUCAUUCCGGCGGCGACCUCCGCCUCAACGACCGAUUUACUACUCUGAAGUCAUUAAUCAGCUGGAACGGCGAGAGAAGGAGCGUGGGUCACACAUCUCUUACAUGUUCCGGCUGCCCUUCGCUGCUGGGAGCGUCUUCUCCGCCAGUAUGCUCGACACACUCCUCUACCAGGCCUUCGUCAAGGACUACCUCAUCACCUUCGUCAGGUUGCUGCUGGGGGUCGACCAGGCGCCAGGCUCGGGUUUCCUCACCUCGAUGAAGAUUGGAAAGCAGGACUUGUGGAUCCGUACAUACGGGCGACUGUACCAGAAGCUGUGCUCCACCACCUGUGAGAUCCCCAUCGGCAUCUACCGCACCAUAGACACGAGCAACAUGGAGCCUGGCAACAACUUAUGUUCCGUGUUUCCUGCAUUAUGGAAAUCGGCUGAAGCCUUUUCAAAUUUUCCAUUUGCGAGUCUCAACCCGGAG